AUGGUUCCGAUGUAUUUCUGUCCGACAGGGUUCGUGGGAGCCGUAGAUCCAAACGAGAGGAGGAUUGUUCUGGUAGGGAAGACCGGCGUGGGGAUGAGCGCAGCAGGAAACACCAUCCUGGGGAGGGAAGCCUUCGAGUCUGUGCUGUCUCUGUCUUCCCUGAAAUCCGACUGUCAGAAAGCCAAAGGGUCGGUGGCCUGCCGUCCGGUGGCCGUCAUCGAUACUCCGGGACUGUUCGACACAAACCAGGAAGAAGUGCAGAGCAGGAUUACGAGCUGCAUUUCCCUGUCGUCUCCGGGUCCUCAUGCCUUCCUGGUGGUCCUGCAGCUGGGCCGGCUCACCCAGGAAGAGAAAGAAACCGUCAAGAUGAUCCAGACCACGUUCGGGGAGGCUGCAGCCAGAUACACGAUGGUGCUGUUCACACACAGGGACAAGCUGAAGAACCAAACCAUCGAAGUCUUUCUCUCCGAGAGUCCCGACCUGAAGGCCUUCAUUCAGAGUUGCUCUAACAGAUACCACGUCUUCAACAACGAGGUUAAAGACCUCACGCAAACCAGCAAACUGCUGGACAAAAUCGACAGGAUGACGACGGCCAACGGUGGAAACUACUACAGCAACGACAUGUUCGUUAGGCCGGAGGCCGCUAUCGAGAAGGAGAAGGAGCGACUGCUGAAGGAGACGGAGGAGGAGAGUCAGAGUUACCCCGCAGGGUUCGUGGGAGCCGCAAAUCCAAACGAGAGGAGGAUUGUUCUGGUAGGGAAGACCGGCGUAGGGAUGAGCGCAGCAGGAAACACCAUCCUGGGGAGGGAAGCCUUCGAGUCUGUGCUGUCUCUGUCCUCCCUGACAUCCGACUGUCAAAAGGCCACAGGGUCGGUGGACGGCCGUCCGGUGGCCGUCAUCGAUACUCCGGGACUGUUCGACACAAACUUGACCCAGGAAGAAGUGCAGAGCAGGAUUACGAGCUGCAUUUCCCUGUCGUCUCCGGGCCCUCACGCCUUCCUGGUGGUCCUGCAGCUGGGCCGGCUCACCCAGGAGGAGAAAGAAACCGUCAAGAUGAUCCAGACCACGUUUGGGGAGGAAGCAGCCAGAUACACGAUGGUGCUGUUCACACACGGGGACAAGCUGAAGAAGCAAACCAUCGAAGGCUUCCUCUCCGAGAGUCCUGACCUGGUCGCCCUAAUUCAGAGUUGCUCCAACAGAUACCACGUCUUCAACAACAAGGUUAAAGACCUCACGCAAACCAGCCAACUGCUGGACAAAAUCGACAGGAUGACAACGGCCAACGGCGGAAGCUACUACAGCAACGACAUGUUCGUGAGGGCGGCAGAGGAGGAGCGACUGCUGAAGGAGAGGGAGGAGGAGAGGAUUGUUCUGGUAGGAAAGACCGGCGUUGGGAAGAGUGCGGCAGGAAACACCAUCGUGGGGAGGGAAGCCUUCGAGUCGGAGCUGUCUCCGUCCUCCCUGAAAUCCGACUGUCAGAAAGCCAAAGGGUCGGUGGCCUGCCGUCCGGUGGCCGUCAUCGAUACUCCGGCGCUGUUCGACACAAACUUCACCCAGAAGGAAGUGCAGAGCAGGAUCAAGAGCUGCAUUUACCUGUCGGCUCCGGGUCCUCAUGCCUUCCUGGUGGUCCUGCAGCUGGGCCGAUUCACCCAGGAAGAGAAAGACACCGUCAAGAUGAUCCAGACCACGUUCGGCGAGGAAGCAGCCAGAUACACGAUGGUGCUGUUCACACACGGAGACCGGCUGAAGGAGCAAACCAUCGAAGUCUUCCUCUCCGAGAGUCCCGACCUGAAGGCCUUCAUUCAGAGUUGCUCCAACAGAUACCACGUCUUCAACAACAAGGUUAAAGACCUCACGCAAACCAGCCAACUGCUGGACAAAAUCGACAUGAUGAUGAUGGCCAACGGGGGAAGCUACUACAGCAACAACAUGUUCGUGAGGGUGGAGGCCGACAACGAGAAGGAGAUGGACCGACUCCUGAAGGAGAGGGAUGAGGAGAUGCAGAGGGAGCUGGAGGAGCUCAGGAUGAAAUACUCGGAGGAAGUCUACCGCCGGAAGGAGACCGAGUUGAACCGGAAGUACGAGGAACAAGCCCGGACUCGCGCGGAGAGGCCCAACAAAUUCAGCCUCUCGCUGACCAUCGGUUUGGCCAAAAGGUACGGCACCGCCAUCGGAUCUGCCGUGGGUGCCAUAGGAGGUCCGAUUGGUUCGGUAGUCGGGGGCGCGGUCGGCGGCGCCGCCGGAGCUGUUGUUGGGGCGAUAACCGUGCAAGUCUCCAAACGCUGCACUACGCAGUGA